AUGGCCCCCGCGGCGCCGGCGGGCCUCGCCGCCGUCGUGGUCGCGGUUGCCGUGCUCGCCGCCGCGGUGUCGGCGGCCGUCACCUACGACCGCAAGGCCGUGGUGGUGAACGGCCAGCGCCGGAUCCUGAUGUCCGGCUCCAUCCACUACCCAAGGAGCGUCCCCGAGAUGUGGCCGGAUCUGAUACAGAAGGCCAAGGACGGCGGCCUCGACGUCGUGCAGACCUACGUCUUCUGGAACGGCCAUGAGCCCUCCCGUGGACAGUACUACUUCGAGGGGCGGUAUGAUCUGGUGCACUUCAUCAAGCUGGUGAAGCAGGCCGGACUCUACGUGCACCUCCGCAUUGGCCCCUACGUCUGCGCCGAGUGGAAUUUUGGUGGUUUCCCUGUUUGGCUCAAGUAUGUCCCGGGCAUCAGCUUUAGGACCGAUAAUGAACCGUUCAAGGCUGAGAUGCAGAAAUUCACCACGAAGAUCGUUGACAUGAUGAAGUCCGAAGAGCUCUUUGAAUGGCAGGGAGGGCCAAUAAUCCUCUCCCAGAUUGAGAAUGAGUUUGGGCCCUUGGAGUGGGAUCAGGGAGAGCCCGCCAAGGCCUACGUGUCAUGGGCAGCUAACAUGGCAGUUGCACUCAACACAAGUGUUCCAUGGGUCAUGUGCAAAGAAGAGGAUGCCCCGGAUCCAAUUAUUAAUACUUGCAACGGAUUUUAUUGUGACUGGUUCGCCCCAAACAAACCUCACAAGCCUACCAUGUGGACUGAGGCUUGGACAUCUUGGUAUACAGGAUUUGGUAUUCCAGUUCCACAUAGACCAGUAGAGGAUCUAGCAUAUGGUGUUGCCAAGUUUAUUCAGAAGGGUGGCUCUUUUGUUAAUUAUUACAUGUAUCAUGGAGGAACAAAUUUUGGGCGCACAGCUGGUGGUCCAUUCAUUGCAACUAGCUAUGACUAUGAUGCUCCUAUUGAUGAAUAUGGCUUACUGAGAGAACCAAAAUGGGGUCACUUGAAGGAGUUGCAUAAAGCUAUCAAGCUUUGCGAACCAGCAUUGGUUGCAGGAGACCCAAUUGUAACUUCACUUGGCAAUGCUCAGCAGGCAUCUGUUUUUAGAUCAAGCACUGAUGCUUGUGUGGCCUUCCUUGAGAACAAGGAUAAAACAUCUUAUGCUAGGGUAUCAUUCAAUGGAAUGCAUUAUAAUCUACCUCCCUGGUCCAUAAGUAUUCUCCCAGACUGCAAAACAACAGUUUACAACACUGCCAGGGUUGGAAGUCAGAUUUCACAAAUGAAAAUGGAAUGGGCUGGAGGAUUCACAUGGCAAUCAUACAAUGAGGAUAUAAACUCCUUGGGUGAUGAAUCAUUUGCAACAGUAGGGUUAUUGGAACAGAUAAAUGUGACAAGGGAUAACACAGACUACUUAUGGUAUACAACAUACGUUGAUGUUGCUCAGGAUGAGCAGUUUCUCAGUAAUGGGAAGAAUCCAAUGCUAACUGUCAUGUCGGCUGGUCAUGCUUUGCAUAUUUUCGUUAAUGGACAACUAACUGGAACUGUGUAUGGAAGUGUAGAUGAUCCAAGAUUGACAUAUCGUGGAAAUGUGAAACUUUGGCCAGGCAGUAACACUAUUUCAUGCUUAAGUAUAGCAGUUGGUCUCCCGAAUGUGGGAGAACAUUUUGAGACUUGGAAUGCUGGAAUUCUAGGUCCUGUGACACUCGAUGGCCUAAAUGAGGGAAGAAGAGAUCUCACGUGGCAGAAAUGGACCUAUAAGGUUGGUCUGAAAGGUGAGGAUUUGAGUCUUCAUUCACUUAGUGGUAGCUCUUCAGUAGAGUGGGGAGAACCCAUGCAGAAGCAGCCUCUGACAUGGUACAAGGCUUUCUUCAAUGCACCUGACGGCGAUGAGCCAUUAGCUUUGGAUAUGAGUAGCAUGGGUAAAGGUCAAAUCUGGAUAAACGGACAAGGUAUUGGAAGGUAUUGGCCUGGCUACAAAGCUUCUGGAACCUGUGGAAUCUGUGAUUACCGUGGAGAGUAUGAUGAAAAGAAGUGCCAAACCAACUGUGGUGACUCUUCUCAGAGAUGGUACCAUGUUCCACGUUCAUGGCUUAAUCCGACGGGGAACCUUUUGGUUAUAUUUGAGGAGUGGGGUGGUGAUCCUACUGGAAUCUCGAUGGUGAAAAGAACAACAGGGAGUAUCUGUGCUGAUGUCUCUGAAUGGCAGCCAUCAAUGACGAACUGGCGUACAAAAGACUAUGAGAAAGCCAAGAUCCACCUCCAGUGUGAUCAUGGACGGAAGAUGACUGACAUAAAGUUCGCCAGCUUUGGCACACCACAGGGCUCCUGUGGGAGCUACUUUGAAGGUGGUUGUCAUGCACACAAGUCAUAUGACAUAUUUUGGAAGAACUGCAUUGGUCAAGAGCGCUGUGGGGUAAGCGUGGUUCCAGAUGUAUUUGGUGGGGAUCCAUGCCCUGGGACUAUGAAAAGAGCUGUUGUUGAGGCUAUAUGCGGUUGA